GCGUUUAACGCAAAAUACACAGACCCUGGCACAGACGUCAUCGCUAAUGUAACGAGUGUUGAAGACCUGAGAGAGAAGGUAACAUUGUCAUGGAAGAACAUUAAUGUGUUUGUUCCUCAACCGAGACCGUCUGUAUGGAAGCGGUUGUAUUGUGGAGACAAGGAUGACGAGCCGAAAAUCAAACAAAUCUUAUUCGAUGGUAAGCAAUUAUGCAACUAUCUCAAAAAUAAUAAGGGAUCAGGAUAGUCCACAGCCUUAGUAAUGCAUUACAAUCAAAGACUAAUAUAUAUAUUUAGCCAAGCCUAAAAGCGGAGCUCCCGAUUUCAUUACGUAAUAAUAACUAUAAUACAAUAUAGCCUAACUGAUACCUGCCAGUUGGUAUCAAGUUGUAGUCUACCACGCAACCACAUUUGUUAAGCGUUUUGCUGCUUGAUGAGUCAAAAAUAGCUGCUUGGGAGACUAAUCAAAGUCUGAUGUUUUCCCCUUGGAAAUGGUGUCAAAUUUCCCUUUCUUUCUAAAAAAUAGAUUUAUAAAUCCUUCGCUUAACACUUUGAAUAUAAAUCUGGAAACCAAAUGUUAUGUAACUGAGUCAACUACAUCACAACAGUUAAAUAUUUCCUUUAUGGUCAUGAUUAUUUAAUUGUCAUUGCUUCAAGCAGACCUUCCAAGUUAUUACAUGUAAUAAUAGUAAUAAUAAUAAUAAUACUAAUAAUAAUAAGUAAUGGUAACAGGACUGAGUGGAGUCCAAUUCGGUCUGUAAUCAUACGAAUGAUUAACAAAAUCGGACGACCGUGUAGCGGGAGUCCGAUUUGUUUCAUCACGAGUAUGAUUACAGAUCGAAUUGGAUGACACGAAGUUCUGUUACCAGUUAAUCAUAACUUUAACAAAAUUUGUGAUAUAUAGGGCUCUUUUUAAAUCAAAACACAAGAAAUUCCAAGAUUUUUCGCUAACAAUGAAANGUGUUUUCUACGUGGUUACUCCAAAUCCGGAGUUAAAAUAAAACUUAUUGCCAUGCAAUCAGUGAAUUUAUAUUUUUGAUAAUUUGCGCUUCCUUUGAGGUUAUUUUAACUCACCUACAAAGGAAACUUUUAUAACAGUUCUCCGUUUUUGUCAAAACAGCUCAUAGCGAAACGGUUAAAUUCAAUGCCACCUCAGGAGUUAUUUAUUCCUCCAGGAAGGCAUAACAUUUUUCUCAGGCAAUAAAAAAUAUAUGAAACUGUUCUAUAUUUUUUAGUGGUGCUGGCAAGUCUACUCUAAUGAAUGUGUUAGCACAUCGGAAUAUUGCUCAGAUAGAAGUACGAGGAACAGUCGCAGUGAAUGGACAUCCCGCUGGCCUUAAUAUCAAUACUAUGUCGGCGUAUAUUCAACAGGAAGACUUGUUCAUUGGAUCGCUCACUGUCAGAGAACAUUUGACUUUUCAGGUAGUAAUAACCUUCCACGUAUUCAUUUGAAUAAAUUCGCAUACCUAGGGCUUAGCUUUUUCAGUAUGCUAUUAUCAGUUAAUAAUAAAAUCUUAUGAUUGUCAGGGAAUAACGUGAAAAAUGACAGGUUGUCCUUUUGCGGACGACCAGAGAGGACGGGCCGAGAUUCUUACAGUCUCCAGAGACAGGUUGCUAUCACACAUGACCGGUACACAUGUAGCCAGCAUUUGCUUGGACUUCCACAAAGAAUGAAUGGGGCGCACAAAACCCAAUCUACAUUGAUCACGCGAUUUUGUACGUUCUAUCACUCUCAAUCUGACAAGUGGAACUUACGCAAAGCACAGUGCUCGAGCAAAACAGGUUCCGUCGCAUCAAUCUCGCCCACAAUCCCUAUUUUUUAUUAGUAUAAUCAUUUACUGAAUUGCUUUCACUGUAUAGAAGUAUGUUUCUUACUUUACGAAAAUAACAACAACAUUAAGUGUUACUUAUUUUUUUUAAGGCUGCACUUCGUAUGGAUAAACACACGCCAAAGGGAAGAAGGCAGGAUCGUGUCGAGGAGGUCAUUCAUGAGGUAAAUAUAAUUAUUAUACACCAGGAAAGGCCUAAACUUAGGUCUUAGGAGAUAAAACGACUGUUUAGCAAAUAACUCUAAGCCAGAAACGAGAGCCGAGUGACCUAACAAUCCAUUAUUUAUAACCAAAAGGGUUAUUGCUUCCUUAGUUGUAUAUUUUUUUGAAACAAGGGUGGCGCAGUGGUGAGAGCACUCGCCUCCCCCUAAUAAAGUAAUAUAUGGGUUGAGCUUGAUGUCGGUUCUAUUCCCUAGUCCGAGAGGUUUUUCUCCGGGUACUCCGGUUUUCCCCUCUCCUCAAAAACCAUCACUUCCAAAUUCCAACUCGACCAAGAUUAGACGAAGAACUACUAGGUGGAUCUGCUAAAUCUGAAUCGUUAUGUUAUUUUUUUUUUCUUGUUUCUUUGCUUGUGUUCUAAGCCCUUCUAACUUCCGUUUCUAUCAGGCACAAGUAAAGCGAACGAAAUGCGAUUAAACUAUAUAAUGAUACAUGACUGAUCCAGACAAGCAGUUUGUGGGUUGAGCACGAGGUUUCCCGCAUGUGGUUAUUCACUAUUGAAUCACCGACUACUAUACUGCCGCACUUUCUUGGCUUCAAAUUCACACUGGGGGUUGUAGCUACUUUCUAAUAUAUUAUUUUAAAACACUGCAGUACUGGUUGAAAAUAUUGAAGAAAGACCCGAUGAACUUUGUCACGUUUACAUGUACGUCGCACGGAAAAACUAGAGGGUCACUAUACACGCCCAUCCGUUGCCCGAAGGCAGGCGCAUUCAACAUAUAUUCCACCUGCUACAGCUACAAAAAUUUUAUGUUUAGUAGCCAACGGAUACCCAAGUAUGAAGCACAGCAGUCAAUCAGUUCAUUUAUUUGCCAAUGGAUGAACCCGCUUGAAUAAAGAGAGUUUCAGACUUGAAAAAGUGCAUUUGACCACUUGCAGGGUGCAAUCAUUUCAGUUAACCCAUUGUCCUUAUGAUUUCAGCUUGGCUUGAAGAAAUGUGCUGACACAGUCAUUGGGAUCCCAGGGCGAGUUAGUGGAAUUUCGGGAGGAGAAAAGAAAAGAUUGGCAUUUGCAUCGGAGGUGGGUAUAUUGCUACUGGCCACAUCUAUAAAACAUUUCAAGGAUUCUAGAGAAAUAUUAAUCCACCUGCUUGCCUUGGUAGUGCAAAAAAGGCUUCGUCGACCCAAGUGGAACGUCCGCAUCAACCGUUACUAGCUCAGCUGCAACAUGGUUGCAAACCUAUCCGGGGCAAUAAAAGCUUGCUCAAAACACAUAAAGCAAUAAACCGUUCAGUUUUCCUAAUUUCUUUGGAAGCGACAAACUUAACCUAUGGCCUGGCUGUUGAAGCUACAGUUAUUUACUUUAUAAUUUGAGUCACCACUCGCUAUCUGGUUCUAAAAGCCCUCCUCCUCAACAAGUAGAUUUGGCACCGAAAACGUGAAUGAAUAUGGCACGUGAAUUAAGCACAUUUUACCAAACAGUAUUAGUUAACCCAGAGGAAUACCUCUGAUAAUGUCAUAUGAAAUAACCUCAAACUAAAAUACACUUUCCAGGUUCUUACCAACCCACCACUGCUGUUUUCUGAUGAGCCAACGUCUGGUCUUGAUUCAUACAUGGCUCAGAAUUUGAUAGCAUCACUUAAGCGUUUAGCUGCUUCAGGUCGAACCAUCAUAUGUACCAUACAUCAACCCUCAUCUGAGGUCUACGCCAUGUUUGACAGGUAUCAGUAGUCAGUUAAGUGUUGCUUGCAGCUGAAUUGUAUAUUGUGUUAUCUUUUAUGAAUACAGCUUUCAUUUCUUUAGUACCUGGCAGUAACAUUUAGUAUGAGACACUUGUUUUACGUUUAAAGAGAGUUUGUUAUUAAGCACAAAAGCUUGUUAAGACUUUUAUUGGCUCAUAGGUUCAUGGUCUGCGUAGAUCUCUUCUGAGCGAUAUAAUGUAUUCUUCGCAACUUUUACUACACAAGGCACUAAAAGUAUACAAGGACUGAUCAUUUCCACUGAACAUUUCCGAAUGUCUUAAAUGAGAAAUAUUUUGCUUUUUUUUUCUUAAGCAUACUGCUUUUAGCUGAAGGAAGGACAGCUUACAUGGGACCAACAGCUGAAGCAAUACCAUACUUUGAAAGGUACAAUUAGUUUCUCUCUGGGUAUCAAAGGGGGUGGGGGCGUGAAGGGAGACUGGAAACAAGAUCAUCAGGAAUAUAGUCAAGAUAGCAAUGUCCAGUAAAUGAUACUAGUUUACGAUGAUUAGUACUGAUUAGUUCUAAGUUAGUUGAAUUUGCUUCCCUCAGCUUCGAAGAUUUAAAAUUUGACCUCAGAAAAUUGUUUAUAGUCCCAUGCAGCCGUGUGGUGACAUUACUGUUGUUGCUUGUUCAUGAGUCAGUGUCUCCAAAAAAAACCUACAGUCACUCGAGAAAAGGGCAAACGUCAGAAUGACUGCCUUUUGAUAUUUCUUUCAGGCUCGGGUAUCCUUGUCCAAUGAACUUUAAUCCUGCUGAUUAUUUUGUUAACACCUUGGCCAUUGUACCGGGAGAAGAGGAAGAGUCCAAGACUAGAGUUAAAGUAAGAACUUUAUUACGAAAAGGUUGCUUUAGGUAUUACAACUCCAAUGACUUUCCACAAUGUUAUCUUGAUGCGCCUAACUACCGAAUUGUUGGCUUAAGCUACUUGCAGUGGCGGAUCCAGAGGAGGGACCCCCCCCACCUCCUUUAUUUUUGAACCAAACUAAAAAAAAUUUUUGGACACCGCCUUCUGCCCGCACCCCCCCCUCUCAUCUAAGGGUAAAAAUAAGUAAAAGGACAUGGAAGUCGCUUUAUGAAUGGCACACUUUUACAGACCAGGUAAUAAGGUUAAAUACCUUUAUUAAAAACCCAGCUGAGUUGAGGCCUCGGCUAUAUUUAUGAGAUAUUCCAGAUAAAUACAGUAGGGACACUGUUAUAUGAUUAUUUUUUUCUUAUUCUGAUAGGAAAUUUGUGAUGUAUUUAGUGAACAUGAAGCAGUAAAGGCAAAACAAGAGAAUAGCUGCAAAAUCCAGGAAAAAAGCAGUGAACUGCAGGUUUGCUUCAAGUUAUAUCAUUCGCAUUAUAGACUGAUGGCCUUUGUCACAGUAUGGUGCUAAGCACUUUUUCGUUUAUGUUUUUGUUUUUGUUUUUCUUUUUUAUAUAAAUAGUUUUUUGUAUCGCACUUGAAAUCAAAUGAAGCACCAUUUUAGUCUUAUGUAUACCCUUGUCUAUCCAAACAGCCUAAAAUCUAUAUUUAGGGUGUGCGUCAUUUGUAUAGCUGUCGAGAAUAGGACCUAAAAUCCAGCCACGAAGCCAGCUGUAUUUGUAACCCAUACCACAUGAGACAAUGUUCUCUCUUUCUUUUUCUAACUCUUAUCCCCUUCGACACGUUCUGAAAUGACAGUUUUAUUCUCUUCAUUUUAGAACUCAUUUCAGGAUGAUGUCAUUUUUAGCAAACGCUCACCGUAAGUGCUUCUAAACAAUUUAGCAUGUGAUGAUUUCCAUUGUUUGUAUAAUCAUGAUCAGAAUUGAUUAAGUAAAAUAAGUAACUAGAAUGUGCAUUUUUCAGGUACAAAGUGUCUUGGUGUCGACAGCUAAUGGCAGUGUUAUGGCGUUCAUGGACCACUAACAAGCGCGACUCUCUUAUUUUUAGAAUAAAAAUAUUCCGCGCCAUUGUAAGUAUGCAG